AGUUGACAGGGUUCUACCCUGUGGUCCUUAGAGAGUCAGUCAGUGGGUUAGUGUCCGAGUAGGUCCAAGUGGUGAGGAGUGGGACUGUUGUCGUGCACCUGGCACCACUAUGGACGACUAUCCGAUGUAUGGGUUGCUCGUUGGGUUCUCCCUUUGGGGGACCCUUUGGCGUCUCCUCUUUCCUCUAGGCUUCUGGCCCACUUUCACGUGUAGAGUAGGAACCCGGGGUGGCACUUCCACCCAACCUUACACGAAGGAGGAGGAGGAGAAGAUGGCCGCCAUCCUACAGGUGAGAAAGGAGAAGAAGGAGGCCAAGAAGAAGGCCCUGCAGGAGGAGCAGGCGGCAAAGUUGAAAAAGAUAGAGGAGGAGAUGGCCAGAGAAAAAAAGAGGUUGAAGAAGGAAGAAGAGGAGAAGUUGAAGGAGGUGGAAGAGGAAGAAGAAGAUGAACCGCCACUGCAAAGGAGAAGAGGGCAGCACAGUGGCAGCAAGGAUGAAGAAAUGGAGAAACGAAUUUCGGAGUGGGUUGCCAACUUAUCCCUGGGCGAAGAAGAAGAGGUAACUAUGUACAUCCCCAAGGAUGAGGAGGAAGCCGCUAUGAAAAAAUGGGAAGCAGAAGAAGAUGUUCUGAAGCGGCAGGCGAUGGAAGAUGAAAUGAGGAUGGAGUGGAAACUCGCAAUGAUGAAAGAGAAGAAGAGAAGAGUGGAGGCGGCGAGUGCAACAAUGCAGGAAUUAGCGGAGAUGGGAUUCCGGGACUUUGCCCACGAAUUGGUAGGCGUUGUGGGAGCCGAGGUAAAUCAUCGCCUCGAGAAGACUGAGCGUUUUUGUGUCGGCGCCAUUGAAGGCGUCAAGGUAGCAGCUCCCAAGGAGGACGAACCGCGUCCUUGGAGGGAGCCAGUCAAAGUCAAGUUCCCUGAUUCCUACAGUGGAAAGAGGGAAGAAAACUUUGACAACUGGGAGGCCAAUGUCAAGACCUAUGUGCAUCUGCAACAGGUCUCCCCGGAUCAGCACGUCUUGAUUGCGAUCCAUGCGCUUAGGGAUGAAGCUGCCAGUUUUGCAAGGUCCCUAGUUCGCGUCGCCAACUGCAAUGAUGAUGCAGUUGCCUAUUCGCCAUUCACCUCCCUCACCGAGGUCAUGAAAUUGCUGCGCGAGCGAUUCGCUAAUGUCGCUCGCAGUGUCAGAGCCUCAGAUAGGCUGCAGACAAUCCAUUCUCGCAAAUGGAAGAGUGCCAGAGCACUUAAGGGUGUCAUGGAUGAGCUAGUGGUUGUUCCUAACCAUGGGGUCACAGAGACCCAAUUGGUCGGCCUCUUCAAUCGGGCUAUGCCCGAAGCCUUUCGAGGGCAUUUCUUCGCGAAAAGCGAAGAUCCCACCACUACGUAUGAUUCCCUUAUGAAGAAUGUUGAGCCACUGCCUAAGAUAGAUGAUCUUUUAGAUCGAGUGCAGGUGGCAAAGUACUUCUCCAAGAUAGAUUUGAAGUCCGGAUAUCAUCAGAUAGAGGUGCAUCAUGAUGAUCAGUACAAGACAGCCUUCCGGACUAGGUAUGGGCACUACGAGUUCAUAGUGAUGCCCUUUGGACUAACCAAUGCGCCAGCUACGUUCCAGCGCUGUAUGGACGAUUUGUUUAGGCCAUGGUUAGAUAGGUUUGUUGUUGUCUACUUAGAUGAUAUCUUAGUGUUUAGCAAGACCCUCCAAGAACAUCAGGGUCAUCUCAGGCAGGUCUUGGAGAAGCUGAGGGAAGCUAACUUCAAGAUCAAUGCAAAGAAGUGCGAUUGGGAGAAGACCCAAGUUUUAUAUUUAGGCCACGUCUUAGACGGAGAUGGCGUUAAGCCAGAAGAUUGCAAAAUUGCAGCGAUUAGAGAUUGGCCCACACCGCGUACGCUAACAGAGUUGCGGUCGUUCUUGGGCUUAGCUAACUACUAUAGGAAGUUCGUGAGGAACUUCUCCACAAUCGCUGCGCCCUUUUGCAAAUUACUAAGGAAAGAAACCAUCUGGAAGUGGGAUAAGGACUGCACGUCUGCCAUGAAAAAGUUGAAGCAGGCAUUGAUAGAGUACCCAGUCCUUAAGGUGGCCGAUCCGUCCUUGCCCUUUGUCGUCACUACAUACGCCAGUCAGUACGACAUAGGUGCCGUGUUGCAGCAAGACGAUGGCAAUGGUUAUCAACCCGUAGAGUUCAUAUCCGCUAGGAUGCCUUCAGAGAAGGUCGUGACAUCUACCUAUGAAAGGGAACUCUACGCUCUCAGGCAAGCGUUAGAACAUUGGAAGCACUACUUGCUUGGGAGGCACUUUAAAGUCUAUUCAGACCAGGAGACAUUGCGAUGGUUAAAGACACAGGCCAAGAUGACACCUAAGCUUACUAGGUGGGCCGCAAAAAUAGAUCAAUAUGACUUGGAGCUCAAGCCGGUCAAAGGGAAGUAUGAUGUAGUUGCGGACGCUCUGAGUAGGAGAGCUGAUUACUUUGGGGCCAUAGUCCAUUAUCUAGAUAUAGGAUCAGACCUCCAACAGAAGGUUAAGGAGGCGUACGCGCAGGACCCCAUCUAUAGUGAGCUCCUUAAGAGAGUUAAGGAAGCCCCAGAGUCCGAGCCAUAUUACCGCACUACUGAUGGGUUGUUGUUUGAGAAGACUAACGUAGCAGACACAGAUGGAGAGGGUGGGGCCAAAGCCUCCAAACCGCGGCUUUCUUUGCAGCUUGAUUGGUGGCCAGCUGACUCAGUCCGCGCUUUCUCCAAUCCGACAGAGAAUGAGGUAACUUUGCGCUACUCAAGGGGCAUAGGACUGAUGAAUACGGGGAAGCUGGGGACGACAGGGCGAGUGACCCAGCAGCUGGGCAACCGUGGAGCGGAGCACAAGGCACCAGCAACAAAGCAACCAACCUACAGGGGACACAAGCGGCAAGCACGGAAGGCACGGCCAACGGAUGAGCAGCAUGGCAGCAGAGCAGCGAAGCGCAAGGUAACGGCCGCCGUACUGACUACCGUGCUCGUCUUGUGCAGGUACCGCAUGGAGACCCCAGCUAUGGCGCCAGGCGGGUGCAAGGUCUUCUCCAAGAUCGAUGUCAAGUCUGGCGACCACCAAAUUGAAGUCGAUCCUGCGGACCAGCACAAAACUGCAUUCAAAACACAUGACGGGCUAUAUGAGUUCACCGUAAUGCCCUUCGGUCUCACGAACGCACCAGCCACUUUCCAAAGCCUCAUGGACAAGGUCCUCCGCGAACAGAUUGGCCGGUUUGUGGUAGUGUACAUGGACGAUAUUCUGAUCUUCAGCAAGUCCAUGGAGGAACACCUCGAGCAUCUUCAGGAGGUGCUCGCUAUCCUCAAGAAGACGCAGCUCCAUCUGAACUUGGAGAAAUCUGAGUUUGGGAAGGAUAGCAUCAUCUAUCUUGGGCACCGGUUGUCUGCUGCAGGACUAGAGCCUGAGGCAACUAAGAUUGAGGUCAUACGUGAUUGGCCUCAGCCUGCGAACAUUCGCAAAUUGCGUUCUUUCCUUGGUCUCGCGUCGUACUAUCGGAAGUUUGAUGGAGAGAACUUUGCGAAGGUGUUCGAGAUGGGAUUUGAAGGUGGAGCUAAAGACGAGGAUAUCAUCAAGGUAGAUCACGACACAGACUUCGAGGAGGUCGCGAAAGAUGUGAUUCAUGGUAGAUUGGAAUGUGACGGGGGCAUUGGUGAGUCCGAAGGGCAUCACAAGGAACUCGUAGUGCCCGAAGCGAGAGCGAAAGGCGGUCUUGUGGGUGUCCUCCUCGCGGAUGCGGAUCUGGUGGAAGCCAUUGCAGAGAUCAAUCUUGGUGAAAUACUUGGCUCCACGGAGGCGAGCAAGAAGCUCGGAUAUGCGAGGGAGUGGGUACUUGUUCUUGAUCGUGAUCCGGUUCAGGGCACGGUAGUCUGUGCACAUGCGGAGUUCCGAGGUGCCGUUCUUCUUAACGAAGAGACAGCUGGUUCCGAAGGGGGAGGAGCUAGGCUUAAUGAAUCCUUUCUCAAGGAGUUCAUUAAGUUGUCGCUUCAUCUCUUCGGCCUCGGGGACGGAGACUGGUACGGGGGGCGGCAAGGAGGAGAGUUGCCGGGCUCGAGAUCAAUGGUGUGGGAUACACCGCGAUCGGGAGGUAGACCGGCGGGCAAGGACUCGGGGAAGACAUCUUUGAAUUUGGAGAGGAGGGCGGUGAUGUGGGGUUAGAAAGAGGAUCUUGGUCGGGUUCGUUUGUUGGAAGCAAGUCCUCGGGACGCUCACGAUCGAUG